UAGUGCCCUCGAUGGUUUGACACCUCUGUGUGCGUUUAAGAAAAUCACAAAAUCUCUUUUGAUUCUGUGUAAUAAAAAUAAACGCAAAUGGAGCAUCAUACAUACGCCAAAAGUGGUUUGAAAAUAUGGACCAUUGAGCAAAAGCGCAGCCUCGUGAAGAAGCGCAUUAAUGCUGAUUAUUUGUUCAAUAAACCCUCGCUAAGGGGCGAUCGGCCAUGGAAAACGUUUAAGGAAAUGGCCCAGAUUGGUGAUUUUAGCGAGCAUGCCCUGCGACAGCAAUGGCAAGCCCUAGUCUUUGACUAUCGCACUGAGAAGGAGGGCAUCACUUCGCCCAUCAACGAUCUGGUGGUCAAAUCACUCAACGAGAAGUGGGAAUUCUUUGGCGAGAUACACAGAUUCAUGAUCAAGAAGAAUGACCAUCAUUCGUAUGCGCAAAAGGAACCGAAUCCGAAUGUGCGGGCGGCACAUGUGACUGCAACUAGCCCCCCAUAUUCGCCGAUAUUGCGUUGUCCUGACGCCGCCAAAGUUGUGGCAAAGGCCCAGUCAACAGCUGAGAAUAAUGCUGAAAAUUCAUCGGACGACGAUGGCCUGGAGAUCAUAGCACCUGAAGCUUAUCCCACUAAUGCAUCGAAAAAGCUGCUGGAAGUCGAUCCACGGACAUCGAAAAAGAUGCACCCAAAGGAACAGAACGACAAGGAGAAGGUUGACGGGGUCAAGGAGGUUUGCAUAAGCCCAAAUAAGAUUAAGACGGAGAAAAAUGAUGAAGUAAACGAGGACGAUAUUCCGAAUCCUCCAUAUGUCUGGCCUGAGCAGAGUGGCCCGUCCGAGAACAAUCAAAACGAAAACGACAACAACUCUGCUCAGCCGAAGGCUCGCAAAUCUCGCAAGCGUCGGGGGUCUGGAAAGGUACUUAGCGAGAAGGAUAAGUACUACAAACAUCGCCGUCGCUUGGAUCAUCGCAUGGAGAAGCGUCUCAAUGGUUUGGGCCUGGCUGUGAGUGUCAUUUUGAAGCACUUUGCCAGCAAUUUAAAGGCUCAGUGCGAGAUGCCGGAUCUGGGGAAAUUAUUUGACCCUGACUCGGAGCCAUCGAGCAGCAGUGGCAGUAGCACAGACGAGGACUCCGAUUAGAACUCAAAUCAAAACAGCAGGUUACAGGGCGGGUAGUCUAUAAGUAAGAAAGGAUGGAAAGCAGAGUAGAGUAGAGUAGAGGAGCCCAAGGCAGAGCCAAAGAAGCUACCACUAAAAAACAGGGUCCACGUUUUUGUUAUACCUUCUUCACUUCAUUUUUUGUUGUUGUUUGUUUGUGUUAGUUCCUACCAAACUAAUAGCUCCUCGCAUAGGAGUGCGUGCAAAAGACUUGUAAAAGAAAGAUGAAAAAAAAAGGUAAAAGACUAUCGAAAUUUAAGAGUAUUUAAUAGGAAAAGAAGAAACAGUAAGUCUCAGUUUCUUCCCACCCCAAAAGUAAAAGAAAGAAAAGGAAAAUACAAACGCUGACUGCUGAAUAAACAACAUCAUCGAACAUAAGUAGGAAAUAGCAACGAAUUGUUAAACAAAUCAAAAAUACACUGCGGCAGAUGAAAAGCGUCAAAACAAAAA